AUGGUCAAGCUAGACUACGACCGUGAUUACUAUGCAGACCUCGAGCUGUCGGCGACGGCGGACGCUCUUGAGGUCAAGAAACAAUUUAAAAAACUAGCACUCAAAUUCCACCCUGACCGUAACCCGGGCAAGGAGGACGAGGCAAAGGAAAAGUUCCUAGUCAUCCAGACCGCCCACGAGAUUCUAGCAGACCCCGCCACCAAAUCCAAAUUCGAUGCCUACCGACAAAGGACGUCAAGGUACCACCCAGGUCCGUCUGGGGUCAGGGGAAACCCUUGGCAGUACACGGCGAACGAGGUUAACCAGAAGUAUGGCGCUCCUCCGAGGCGGCCCAACAUGCCGACGCGCCCGCCUGCGCCGACGGCAGCAGCGUCGGCAAAGCCCUGGGACUGGGUGAACAAAGCAAGAUCCAAGGCGGAUAAUACGAGGCCGAAUAUGGAGGCGUGGGACCGCGCGAGGCCGCAGAGCAAACCGGCGCAGUCCGGCCCUACGACUGCUGCAGCCAGUGCGCGCCCGCCCAAGCCGCCUCCAAGGGAGCCAGCCACCCCACGGACCGCGUCGCAGGCCAGGCGCCAGGAGGCAUCAUUCGGGAGGAAACCGGGAUAUGCCCCGGGAUCGCCCAUGGGAGACGAGCCGCCGGUCAGGAACCAGCACUACAACACCAGCGCGAACGCUCCCCAAGCGAGCAAACCCCGGCCAGCAUCUGCAUACGUCGAUCCGUUGAGUUCUCAGUUCGGCGACACAUUCCUCGACAAACGCCAGCGCACGCCGUACGCCGCUAAUGUCGGCGAGAAGACCAACCCAUUCGAACCGCUCAAUGUUAACCGCGCCAAGAGCAUGAGAGAUGGGGCAAGGAGGUUCCAGGACAGUGCCGAGGACACACCCCCGCCCCCGCCUCCUCGGCAACGGAGCGCGAGCACAGGCUCAGAAAACCUCAAGAGGACGGCGAACGAGAACCCAAGUCCCAGCGAGCCGAGCGCAAAUCCUGGGUUCCAAUAUCAGUCUCGCGCAAGCGCCAGGUACAGCCCUCGGGGCCCGGACAUGAGCUCGGCUCCCCCCACCGCCACCUUCCCAGGUCCCAAUAGCUCUACCUCGUCUGUCAACAGCAGCGCGAACGGUAAAUUUGCUAACCGUCCACUAGCAACGGUAAACGGUUAUUCCUCUGACCAAACAAGGAAUGGCAGCAAAGUGUAUGAGUCUCCUUUUUCUAUCAACCCUCGCAAUCUCUACACGAUUCACUCCGCCGGGUCAAGCCCCCAAACACCGCACUCGAGUGGCCGUGCUGGUGUGGGUUCGGCUCCCCUGAACAAGUUCGACUUUCCAGCUUACAAGUCUGGAAACAAUGUCCGUCCGACUCCCAGUGGAGAGAGACCAAGUCCCGGCGCCAAUGCCUUCGAAAGGACAUUGCAAGCGCAGCUACAGCAUCUUCUGCGCACAGCAGGGCCGCCGACACAGACUACGAUGCCACCAAACAGGAAUAAGUCCCAGACCAAUCGGUAUACUAACGGCGUCUACCCCAAUAGCUUCUCGGUCCCCGCCGACGAUCAGAACGCGGCGGCCCACCAGACCCGCUUCAACCGAAACAGUGCCGAUAAUAUCAACACGCGGUUUGUAGCGGAGGAGAAGGGGGGUUCUAACUUCCAGUUUAGCGCGGGCGCGGCAGGGUCGGCAGACGAUGGCUUUAUCCGGGCGAAACAGCGCGCUCGAGCCGGGCAACAGUCUCCGUUGAGGAACGAGUUCACUGCGUCGGCGGAAGCGGUUAAUGGUGCCCAACAGGCUGAAGCCGCGAAGAAGCAGGGCGACUUUGUCCCCGAGGAGUGGAAGGAGGCGUUCGGUCCUCAUGUCUUUGUGCCUCCGCAACCCGGCAAGCCGUCGACUUCACCUACGCGACACGUACGACCGAUUAAGAAACCGCGGCCGGUCCGGAUGACUGCGGGUACAGCAGGGAUGGUGGACGAGGAGGAGACUAGUGGGGAGGACAAGAGCAAAGCGACCGGCACACCAUCCUCCGGGAUUAACGGCACCAAGAGCCCGAAUGCCAUGGACAUCGACACCCCGCCUCCCGAGCCCGCAGAUGGGCAAGCCAACGUCCCCCGAGGCAUAAGCGUCGAGCCCACAAAACCCGAGUGGCGGCCGGGCAACGGCACCACCACCGAGUCCAAACCCGGCACAGGGCUCAAAGCGCCCAAACUCACCCCCACCUCGGCCGGCUCCGAAGACGCCGAAGACUUCGGCCGCCCCGUGUUCCCCGAGUUCCGGAACGUCGAGCCCUUCGCUCCGCCGAAGCCCUCCGGCCUAGGCUCGUUCGCCGACCUCGGCAGCAACCUCCCGUUCCCAAGCCGGCCCUCGGCCAAAGUCCCGCUCGCCAACCAACCCCUCCACCCGCACCAAACAACCGAGAAGCCGGCAGCCAAACAGCUCGACAUCCCCACCCCACCCUCGGCACCCCGCGCGCCGCAGAGCCUCUGCAUACCGGGGGCCAAGGUCGGGGCGCCGGCGUGGCUGACGUACGUGCACGAGUUCGAGGCCUACAUGGCGCUGUGGUUCGAGUUCAACCGGCGCGUGACGGACCACUUCGCCGCGCGCCAGCGCCAGAACGAGGGCAACGGCCUCGCCUGGCUGAAUACCGUCGGCGACGGCGGCGUCGCCGAGUACCUCCGGGCCGUCGAGGUGGAUAAGUACGUCCGGCAGAAGUGGAUGGCGGCGUGCGAGGCGCAUGAGCUGCACUUUAGGGAGUUUUUGGGGGUGAGGGAGAGGGUGUUGGCGGGGAAUUAA